CGCCCCAGGCGCGCAGAGCAGCUCCCGGGCGGGUGAACCUGGCCAUUCAGCCGCCGCUAUCCCCGCUGCGUGCCGUCGCGCGUCUGUCUGAGAAGCCAGGCGCUGUUGCUCCAGCCCAGAAGAAGAUGGCAAAGGUGGCCAAGGACCUCAACCCCAGGGUUCAAAAGAUGUCCCUGGGCCAGCAGCAGUCAGCGAGAGGCGUGGCAUGUUUGGGAUGCAAGGGGACGUGUUCGGGCUUCGAGCCACAUUCAUGGAGGAAAAUAUGCAAGUCAUGCAAAUGCAGCCAAGAGGACCACUGCCUAACCUCUGACCUAGAAGACGACCGGAAAAUUGGCCGCUUGCUGAUGGACUCCAAGUAUUCCACCCUCACCGCCCGGGUGAAAGGCGGAGACGGCAUCCGGAUUUAUAAGAGGAACCGGAUGAUCAUGACCAACCCUAUUGCCACUGGGAAAGAUCCCACCUUUGACACCAUCACCUACGAGUGGGCUCCCCCUGGAGUCACCCAGAAACUGGGCCUGCAGUACAUGGAGCUCAUCCCCAAGGAGAAGCAACCAGUGACGGGCACCGAGGGGGCCUAUUACCGCCGACGCCAGCUCAUGCAUCAGCUCCCCAUCUAUGACCAGGACCCCUCUCGCUGCCGUGGACUUUUGGAGAACGAGUUGAAACUGAUGGAAGAAUUCGUCAAGCAGUAUAAGAGCGAGGCCCUUGGCGUGGGAGAGGUGGCCCUUCCCGGGCAGGGCGGCUUGCCUAAGGAGGAGGGAAAGCAACAGGAAAAGCCAGAAGGUGCAGAGACCACUGCCCCGACCACCAACGGCAGCCUUGGCGACCCAUCCAAGGAAGUGGAAUAUGUCUGUGAGCUCUGCAAAGGAGCAGCCCCUGCAGACAGCCCUGUGGUCUACGCGGACAGGGCAGGCUACAGCAAGCAGUGGCACCCCACCUGCUUCGUGUGUUUUAAGUGCUCCGAGCCACUGGUGGACCUCAUCUACUUUUGGAAGGAUGGUGCGCCCUGGUGCGGCCGCCAUUACUGCGAGAGUGUGCGGCCCCGGUGCUCUGGCUGUGAUGAGAUAAUCUUCUCAGAGGACUAUCAGCGCGUGGAAGACCUGGCCUGGCACCGGAAGCAUUUUGUCUGUGAGGGCUGUGAGCAGCUGCUGAGUGGCCGGGCGUACAUCGUCACCAAGGGUCAGCUUCUGUGCCCGACUUGCAGCAAAUCCAAGCGCUCCUGAAGGGCUGCCCGCCCACAGCAACCACAACAUCCCACCAAGAAGAAAAAAGUCAGGUGUGCUGAAGCUGUCCUAAGCCUCUGAUGCCACAGCCACCCAGCAACGCACACAGUGGUUCUUUCUCUAGGUUGGGUAGUGGUGGUGGAUCCUAUGAGGGUCGGUAGUUGCAAAACCAGAAAUGUUCUAAGAAGUCUUAGGAUGGAGUUAUUUUUGUUUUUGUUGAUUCCCAGCUACAACCAACUGAGGACAAAAAUGGCACCAGCAACGGCUCUAGAAAGACCUUCUCAGAGUUCAGUUCUGAUGGUCAGAUCAUACAGCUGUAGAAUGCACGUGCCUUUUCUGGAUGGGGGGCUCCUCCAGAAACAGGCUGGGAUUUCAGCUCUCACUCAUUGCCUCCUUUUCAAGUGAAAUUUGAAUUUUAAAUAAACAACCUUUUCUUGGCAUGAUAAACAUAUCAAUAAAAGUUUUGUGAAUUCCA